AUGAGCGAGGCGCAGCAGGCGGCUGAGAUUGCGCGGCUGCUGGCGUGCGAGGCGCGCAAGGCGAGCCCGUUUGAAUUUCUCCAGCUCGACAUCGCCACGUGCGAACUGGCGGAUGUGAACCGGCAAUAUCGCAAGAUUGCGCUGCUCCUGCAUCCGGACAAGUGCCAGCUCCCGAACGCCGCGGACGCCUUUCACGCUGCGGAGAAGGUACACAAAUCGCUCAGCCAGGAGUCCAUAUUUUACCACCUGAAGCGGGCGUAUCAGAAGCAGCAGGAUCGACUAGCAGAGGAGGGCACCUCCGGCACGGCGACAGGGAGUCGCACUAUCCCGGCUGCUGGCACCGCGGCGGGGCAGAAGCGCGCACGUGAAGUGGAGACCGCGCUGCCGCCCAUCGCCUUCGGCUCCCUCACGCAACUAGCCGCUAGCGGUCUGUCCAGCGACGCGCAGAAGACGGCUGAGAUUCGGCGGGUGCUGCAGUGCAAGGCGACUGACUACUUCAUCAUCCUCGACGUGGACCCCAGCAGCUGUACCGUGGCCGACGUCGACCGGCGCUACCGCAAGAUGGCCCAGGCGUUGCAUCCCGACAAGUGCCAGCUGCUCCACGUGCGGGAUGCCUUCACAGUCUUCGAGACGGCGCACAAGGAGCUGGCGGAUGAGAGGAAACUUGUGCGCUUCAAAGUUGCCUUCGAACAGCAGAGAAAGAAAGAGGCGGCGUUGAGGGCGGCGGCCGCGCAGCGCGGCGUGAGUGGCAGCGGUGGUGACGCCAAUAGGUUCGGCCCCGAGGAAAGCAUGACAGCCGAGGAGCGCUUGCAGAAGCGGCGGAUGGAGGCGCUGCGAGAUCAGCAGCUGGAGGCCGCGCGCCUGGGCGAGGAGGCGGCGCGGCGGCGUAAACUCAAGGAUGAAAAAGAGAAGGAAGAGGCUGCGCUGGCGGCGGAGCUGGAGCGGCAGCGCAAGGAGUGGAACGACUUGCAGCUGUUUUAG